AUGUGCAAGGCCGGUUUCGCCGGAGACGACGCCCCCCGUGCCGUUUUCCCCUCGAUUGUCGGACGUGCUCGUCACCCCGGUAUGAUGGUCGGCAUGAACCAAAAGGACUCAUAUGUCGGAGACGAGGCUCAAUCCAAGAGAGGUAUCUUGACCUUGAGAUACCCCAUUGAGCACGGUAUCGUCACCAACUGGGACGAUAUGGAGAAGAUCUGGCACCACACCUUCUACAACGAGCUGCGUGUUGCUCCUGAGGAGCACCCAGUUUUGUUGACUGAGGCCCCCGUCAACCCCAAAUCCAACAGAGAAAAGAUGACUCAAAUUGUGUUUGAAACUUUCAACGCUCCUGCUUUCUACGUUUCUAUCCAAGCUGUUUUGUCUUUGUACGCCUCUGGUCGUACCACUGGUAUCGUUUUGGACUCUGGUGAUGGUGUUACCCACGUUGUCCCCAUCUACGCCGGUUUCUCUCUUCCUCACGCCAUUAUGAGAAUCAACUUGGCUGGUCGUGACUUGACUGAUAACCUCAUGAAGUUGUUGACUGAGCGUGGUUACUCAUUCACCACUACUGCCGAGCGUGAAAUCGUCCGUGAGAUCAAGGAGAAGCUCUGUUAUGUUGCUCUUGACUUUGAGCAAGAAUUACAAACUGCUUCUCAAUCUUCUUCUCUUGAGAAGUCUUAUGAGUUGCCUGAUGGACAAGUUAUUACCAUUGGUAACGAGAGAUUCCGUGCCCCUGAGGCUCUCUUCCACCCAUCUGUUCUUGGUCUUGAGUCUCCUGGUAUCCACGAGACCACUUUCAACUCGAUCAUGAAGUGUGACGUCGACGUUCGUAAGGACUUGUACGGAAACAUCGUCAUGUCCGGUGGUACCACCAUGUACCCCGGUAUUGCCGAGCGUAUGCAAAAGGAGAUCACUGCUCUUGCUCCUUCUUCCAUGAAGAUCAAGAUCAUUGCUCCUCCCGAGAGAAAGUACUCUGUCUGGAUCGGUGGUUCUAUCCUCGCUUCCUUGGGUACUUUCCAACAAAUGUGGAUCUCCAAGCAAGAGUACGACGAGUCUGGUCCUUCCAUCGUCCACAGAAAGUGUUUCUAA